UAAAAGGAGCAACCAAAAAAGCCUGCAGAUACAGCAUAAGGGAUAUUAUGCUAGGGCUUAUACCAGCCAUUAGUUCUGAAUACUGGGGAGCUUUUGAGGUGCAAAAUGGCCGUGAUGAUUGGAAUCGCUUUCAGAGUUUCUUGGCUUUGUUGCCUGCUAAUUGGCGGGAUAACCUGUUCUACAUCAAGCUGGCAUUUUACUUUUUCUUUAUCUAACCUAGGUGAUGGGUAUCCUGCACCAGGUUCUGAUGCAGCAUGGCUCUAUACAGGCCCACUUAGGUCUAAAGGAUAUGGUAAUUACAACUCUCCAACAGCUCAAUUGCAAGCGCAGCUGACCGAAGAGCAACAGAAACAUCUGGCAGCCAUUCUGCAAAAGCAACUGGCCCCCAUGCCCCAGGCACCUCAGAAAAUGUGGUAUCCAACUCAAAUGCCCCAGAAGCAACCAGUUACUGAACUUCAGCAUCAGAAGGAACACGCCUCCAUACCCCAGCUACCUCAGCAAGUGUGGUAUCCAGUUCAAAUUCCUCAGCAGCAAAAGCAACCUGCUACUGGUCCUCAGCAGCAGACGGAACUGACCACCAUGCCCCAGAAGCAACCGGCUCCAAUGCCUAUACCGCAGAAACAACCAACAGCUAUGGGUCAGAAAGCAUGGUAUCCAGCUCAAAUGCAGCAGAAGCAACCGGCCACCGUGCACCAGCAACUGUGGCAUCCAGCUCAAUUGCCCCAGCAGCAAAAGCAACCGGCUACUGAACCUCGGCAGCAGAAGGAACCGGCCUCCAUAACCCAGCAACCUCAGCAAGUGUUGCAUCCAGCUCAAAUGCUGCUGAAGCAACUGACUGCCAUGCCCCAGCAAGUGUGGUAUCCAGCUAAGACCCAGAAGCAACUGGCCGCUGAUCCUCAGGAGCAGAUAUAACUGACCGCCAUGCCCCAGCAACCUCAGCAAGUGUGGUAUCCAGCUCAAAUGCCCCAGAAGCAACCAACCGCUGAACCUCAGUGGCAUCCAGCCAAAUUUCCCCAGGAGCAACCCGUCCAAAUGCGUCAACUGCAGAAGGAACUGACCGCCAUUCCACCACAACUGUGGCAAUCCGCUCAAAUUCCCCAGCAGCAUAAGCAACCGGCUGCCAAGCUUCAGCAAUUGUGGCAACUGGCCCCCAUUCCCCAGCAGCCUCAUGACGUGUGGUAUCCAGCUAAAAUGGUCCAGAAGCAACAAGCAGCUGCAACUCAGCAGCAGAAGGAACUGACCACCAUGCCCCAAGAGUGGCAUCCAGCUCAAUUUCCCCAGAAGCAACCAGCCCUCAUGCUUUUACCGCAGAAGGAACUGACCGCCAUACACCAGCAACCUCAGCAAGUGUGGUAUCCAGCUAAAAUGCCCCAGAACCAACCAACCACUGAACCCCAGCAGCAGAAGCAACCGACCGCCUUGGCCCAGCAAAUGGUGUCUCCAGCUCAAAAGCCCCAGCUGCAGAAGCAACCGGCUGCUGAACCUCAGCAGCAGAAAGAACCGGCCACCAUGCCCCAGCAAGCAUGGUAUCCAGCUCAAAAGCCCCAGCUGCAGAAGCAACCGGCUGCUGAACCUCAGCAGCAGAAAGAACCGGCCACCAUGCCCCAGCAAGCAUGGUAUCCAGCUCAAAAGCCCCAGCUGCAGAAGCAACCGGCCGCUGAACCUCAGCAGCAAAUUGAACCGACCGCCAUGCCCCAGAUACCUCAGCAAGUGUGGCAUCCAAUGCACAUUCCCCAGCAGCAACAGGAACUGGCCACCAUACCCCAGCAAGUGAGGUAUCCAGCUCAAAUGCCCCAGAAGCAUCUGGCCUCCAUGCCUCUACCACAGAAGCAACCGACCGCCAUGCCCCAGCAAGAGUGGCAUCCAGCUCAAAUGCCCCAGCAGCAGAAACAACUGGCCCCAAUGCCUCAACCACAGAAGCAACAGGCCACCAUGCCCCCGCAAGUAUGGCAUCCAGCUCAAAUGCCUCAGCAGCAAAAGCAACCAGCUACUGAACCUCAGCAGCAAAUUGAACCGACCGCCAUGCCCCAGCCACCUCAGCAAUUGUGGCAUCCAGAUCAAUUUCUCCAGGAGCAGAAGCAACCAUUCACUAUGCAUCUACCGCAGAACGAACUGACCGCCAAUCCACCACAACUGUGGCAAUCCGCUCAAGUGCCCCAGCAGCAUAAUCAACCGGCUGCCAUGCUUCAGCAAGUGUGGCAUCGGGCACAGAAGCAACCGGCCCCUAUGCCCCAGCAGCCUCACGACGUGUGGUAUCCAGCUAAAAUGGUCCAGAAGCAAGUCGCUGCGGUGACCGCCAUGCCGCAUACGCAUCAGCAAGUAUGGCAUCCAGCUGAAUUUCCCCAGCAGCAGAAGCAACCGGCCUCAACGCCUCUACCGCAGGAGCAACCGACCGCCGUACCCCAGCAAGUGUGGUAUCCAGCUCAAAUGUCCCAGCAGCGGAAGCAACACACUGCCAUGCCACAGCACCAACUGACCCCCAUGCCUCAGCAAUUAUGGCAUGUAGCUCAAAUGCCCCAGAAGCAACUGGCCCCAAUGUCUCAGCAGAAUCACUACGAAAGCACUGAUGAUGGUGCCUCUAGUAGCACUCAGGCCAGCAUCGUUGAACAGUCGGGUGUCAUCCCAAUCUAUUCCUACAGUUCCAAAUCGCACUACGGGAAUGGCAGGACUGUAUUCUCCCUAACCCGCUACACUCCUAGGGACGCUAUGCCUGUUGACAGUGGAAAUGCUCCCAAGGACAGUUUUGUUCGUACUGGUGCACCAAGCGUAUAUCCAUCACUAGUGAAGGAUUCUGCAAGGAAAAUGUAAUGGAUUCAUCCUCUAGAAGCUAAUGGAAGUAUCUGGUGCUCUUGCUACUCUAGCGUGAGGGAGUACAUGAACAGUGCUACUUUCAAAAAUGUCUCUGUGAAAUAAUGGUUCUCAUGUCCAUUGCUUGCUAAUUGAGAACAGGUGGUGUGCAGUCUGUAGUAAAAAUGACUGCCCAGUUAAUUCUUUGGUUUUCUAGUCUUUUACCUUUGCUACUGGUUGUUCAAAAUAAAAGCUUGGGUCUACAUUUGUCAAGGG